AUGGUUUCGAAGGAAAAGUUACUCGUCCUAGGCCUCUUGGCCAUGGUUGCCCUGAUAUCCUCUAAUGCGUCAGCUAGGAACCUUGCUGAGACUUCCUCAAUUAUUCCUAGUUUUGGGAGUCUCUUCCCUGGAUGGGGUAUUCCUGGUGGUGGUGGUGGUGGUGGUUAUGGUGGCAGGCCCGGAGGAGGCAGUUAUGGUGGUGGUAUACCUGGAAUGGGUUUGCCUGGUGGUGGGUACAGUGGCGGGCCCAAAGGAGGCGGUUACGGUGGUGGUAUUCCUAUAAUGGGUUUACCUGAUGGGGAUGGGCCCGGUGGAGGUUAUGGUGGCGGGCCUGGAAACGGUUUUCCUGGUGGUGAUUAUGGUGGCGGGCCUGGUGGUGGAUAUGAUGGAGGGCCUGGAGGUAGUCUUCCCGGUGGGGGUUACAGGGGAGGACCCUGA